AUGCACUUCUACACUUGGGCAUCCACCGGUGGCAAUAUUUAUUACGCGAUUCUCAACGGCGGCCCAGCCGGAUAUCUGUUCAAUUACAUCGUCGUUUUAUUGGGAGUCAUUGUCCAAUCAGCAUGCUUCGCAGAGCUAGCGUCUAUCAUGCCCAUCGCUGGGGCUCAGUACUACUGGACAUAUCAUUGGGCCCCUCCGUCCUGCAGAGAGUUCCUAACGUGGAUUCAAGGAUGGACCACGUGGCUCGGGUACCUGUCCAUCUUGGCAACAAUUGUGAAUAGCAUUGGGUUCUCAAUCGGAGCCCUGAUCAACAUGUUCAACCCGGACUACGAGGUCGGGGGUUGGCGCUCAGUGCUCUACGUCAUGGCGGUCAUGCUUAUCUAUACCGUCCUGAACACCUGGACAUUCAAACUUGUUCCGGCCAUGGAGCUGAUUCUCGGCAUCGUCAACAUUGCCACCUUCUUCUUCGUCAUCGUUGCGGUGUGGGUUUUGUCGCCAAGGAACAGCCCUGAUGUGUUUGUCACGUUUGCAAAGUUCUCUGGCUACGAAAAUGAUUUUGUUUCGUGGAGCGUAGGCAUGCUGCCUCAAAUUUACAUGUUUGUUGGUAUCGAAGGAGUCAUUCACAUGGGAGAAGAGACAAAAGACCCCAAGCGAACAGUGCCUUUCGCCAUGUUUUGGUCAAUUGUUGUCAAUGGUGUCAUGGGUUUAUUCUCGCUCAUGACAUGGUUGAUCUGCAUGCCGCCCACUGAGGACAUGGUGAACGCAAUUCACCCUUUCUACUACCUUCUCUGGACCUCGCUUGGCUCACCAGCACUCUUCCUCGCCAUUACGAUACUUUUCCUUGCCGGAUCGUUCGCCUGUGGUCUGUCAGCCUAUGCCUCCUGCUCUCGCCUGACGUGGGCCUGGGCGAGAGACGGUGGAAUUCCCGCCUAUUUUGCCUACGUGGACAGCAAAAGCCGCGUACCGGUGCGAGCAGUCGUGCUGACAUGUACCGUCAUCCUCCUACUCAACCUUUUCAACCUCGGUACUGACUCUCUGACGGCCCUCGGCGCCAUCACCUCGCUCCCCUCGCUUGCUCUGUACAACAGCUACGCGAUCGUUUUCUCGGUGACGCUCUACACCCGUCUGACGACAGGCCUGCCACACCGCGAAUGGUCUCUGGGGCGAGCUGGCUUGGCAAUGAAUAUCGCCGCGUUGGUAUUUACUGUGUACUGCAUGAUCUGGCUACCUUUCCCGACCAAAGUGCCUGUCACGGCCUACAGUAUGAACUACUCCGGCCCCGUAUUUCUCGUCGUCAUGCUCGGUGCGAUGGGCGCCUGGUUCGUCUGGGCGAAGAGAAACUGGGGGGGACCAAACAAGGCCCUCGCUGAGCACGUCGUGCGCGAAUUUGAGUCGAGUUGAUGCCAGCCGGGAAUGGCCAAGGGGUGUGUUGGCAAGUUCGUUAGCAGGUCAUACAUCGUUCAAUAGUAGCCGGGUC